AUGUCACCUGGAACAGCGCAGGCGCCUUCAGCUCCGAGCUGGAUGUCGCUCAAGAACUUGCUGCACAUCAUCGACAAGAAUGAGCACUUGAAACCACCGACAGCGGAUUCUGAGCGCGUGGAGCACGCCGGCACCAUCCUCGACUCCAAGCUUGGUUGCGAUAUUCUCCUCGAUUCAAACGGUAUCUUGUUCCCCAUACAUUCGGCUUGGGCGCUCGGCGGUCCAAGUGCAGACUGGAUGCUGCAAUGUCUCUUCCAAGACCGGCCGUGCGAUGUACCUUUUCCUGCUUUCUCUCCCAUCAUCGUGGACCGGUUCGUCAACUACCUCUACCUCGGAACGUACCAGCGACACGUCGAAACCGAAGUAUCGAACAUCGCCCAUGCGGAGAACAAGCCUGAUGCGCCAUACAAGGACUUUACUGAGCACAUGAAGUCGGUGCAGUUUCAUUUGGAGGUGAUCAAGUUCGGCGAGUUCCUAAAAUACCGGGGUCUGAUCAACGCGGCCUACACCAAGCUUUUCGAGCAGCUCAUCUCUCGAGGUCGUUUCGGACCGGCAUCGAUGAAAGGCUUUGUGGAUUGGAUGUACGGUGCCGACAAGAUCUGCAAAGACGAGGGGGGUUUGCUGCAGCAGCUCAUUGUAGCAGCUGUCAUUGCGCAUGAGCAGAAGUUCUGGGAACAACAUCAGUCUGAUGAGUUUCUUGGUCUCGUACAAAACCAUGCGGACUUCCUCGAACAUCUCAAGACAGCAAAAGAGCUGCACAAGACGCUCUCGGGAUCACCGUCGAAGUCUCAAAAGAACAAGGCUUUGAAAAGGAAACAUCGCAAUAGCAACUAG